AUGGCCAUCAGUACGAAUGGCAGAAUUAGUUUGUAUUGUUUUUGUGUCAAUUUAACUGUACUACUUGUCCCUUGUCUCGGAUAUCUCAGUAGAACCCUCAAGUAUGUUGUCGAAGAUUAUUGGAUUAUUAUGUCAAUUGUGUAUUCAGUGGGAAUCCAAGCCCAUUUACACCUUGUAUACAAACGAAGAGGCUAUGCUUACAAAGUUGCUUGGCGCUCCGGUGUUCUCGGCUUCUUCUUCGGCCUAGGAUUGCUCAUCGUAACGCUCGCAGAUCCAUCGUGGUGCAUUUUCGGAUGUUACAUGUCGCUUUUAAGCUUCUUUCACUUUUCCGAAUACCUCACUACGGCUAUAAUCAACCCCAAGUCGCUGAGCUUAGAUUCAUUCUUGCUUAACCACAGCAAAGAAUACUGCAUCGCCGCAUUGUGCAGCUGGUUAGAAUUCUGCACAGAAUGGUACUUUUUCUCACAUUCCAAAGAGAUAAGGUGGUUGAGCGCGCUUGGCUUAUUGUUGUGCGUUGUUGGGGAAUUGAUCAGGAAAGGUGCUAUGUUUACUGCCGGGACGAAUUUCAACCAUAUAAUACAAAGUCAUAGAGAAGAAGGUCAUGUACUUGUAACUCACGGUUUGUAUGCGUGGUGCAGGCAUCCCUCUUAUAUUGGUUGGUUCUGGUGGUCUGUUGGUACGCAAGUUGUACUAUGCAAUCCAUUGUGUAUAAUUGUUUAUGCGGUGGCGUCUUGGCGAUUCUUUCGGCAACGAGUGGUGGAAGAGGAAAUAACUCUGCUGAACUUUUUUGGCGAAGAUUAUGUGAACUAUCAGCGUCGUGUGCCAACUGGUUUGCCAUUUAUUAAAGGUUAUAGAUUAGAACUGUGAAAAGAUCUCAUCAUCAGUUGUAUGCUGAAAUGUUUUCUAUGAAAAACCAGCAAAAGCAAAGUAAUAAGAAAUGAGAACUAGUUUUAAUAUUAAAUUAAGAUUUGUUAAUGUGUGAGUUAAAUGUUAAAAAACAAGUAUACAAGACUUGUUGCAGUUUAGCGUAACUAUUAUAGAAAUGUAAAAUACUGAUUUAUUCUUUCAUGCAGUUCAUACCCAUUGUUCAUUUAGAAUUUUAGGUACAUUUCCGUUAAAAGUAAUCAUUAGGCGCAUUGAUUUAUUUUUUAGCGGUUUUAAUUUAUUAAUAGUUUUUGCUAAGAAUUUCGUAGUUUGCAACAUUCAACAAUUUCAAUUUCUAAAUUCUAGUGUUGCUAAGUUGCUAUAUACUUGAAGAUAUCGUCAAUCGCUUUGAGCAAUUUUUCUAUUGUUGCCCUAGGUAGGAAGUAAACAAGUCGCAAAACUAAGUGAUGUACCUUUAACAGAAAAGUACCAAAAUUUUAAUGCCACAAAAUGUAUCAUUUUCAUAGCACUAGAGUUUUUUAAGCAAUUCAUAGCAAAAUGACAUUUUUGUAUUAUUAUAGUAGGCAAGAUUGCAAUGGCUGCAACCUAGUCAAAGACCUAGUGGAAUUGAUCUCUUACUGUCACUGGUUAUAGAAUCAUAUGUAAUGAAAGCUUUCUUUGCCUUGGGAAACGUCUUGAUUUUACUGUGCAUGUAUAAUCCCUUUGUAGAUUUUUUUAAAAUCAGAAGCAGUCCCUGUAAAAUUUUCAGUGACCCAAGCCCAGUAAACUAUACACUUAACUUCUAUAUGUGUUUAAAGCAUUUUACUACAGAAAAGUUUGUUCCGUCACAAUUAUUUUACAUUUUUCAACAAUUUAAUUGACUUAACUAAUUUUAAAUAAUGCUUUGCCUUUAUAUAUUUUAAUAUUUUUGAUAAUUGUUUGAACUUCAACUGUAAAGUAGGGUUGAAAAGUAACAGUGGUCUGCUGAUCCAGGACCACAAAAUUUCCAUCGGCCCAGAAGAAUAUAAAUUUUAGUGGAUCAUGGGACUAGUGAUGAUGUUUUAUUGCUAUUUUUCGUUCAAAAAUUUUAAAUGCCAUAUAUUUUUUUGAAACUGAAGAAAAAUUUCAAAAAAUAAUUAAAUUCUGCAUUUUCAUGGCCCCAUAAGCCACAAUGGUUAGGAAUCCAUCAGAAGUUAGGAGAGUAUUGAUAAUGUUCUGGCACUCAAAUUCAAAGGUCGUAGGGAGCAGUUUGUAGGUUUAAAUAGUAUUAAUUGCAGCCUUUAAGUAUCAUGUUUCAUUCAAUUUGUGUAGAAAAUUUUUAAUACAGGCUUAUCAUAAGUAGAUAAGCGAGAUUUAUGCCAACAUAUACUGCCAAUUGCUAGUCUUAGUAUCAAAAGCAGCUUGAAAAUGCAAUAUCUUUAUCUCCAUCACCUCCCUGCCUUUUAGUAAAGCCUUAGCAUUGUUAUGUAGCAUGAGGGAGAUGGUGGGUUCAUUCUCAUACUCGCAACUAUGUGGCGUCGUUGUAGAGUACUUCAAAACUAUAUAAAUCUGAAUAUUAUUUUUUUUUUCAAAUGAACUUUUUAUUUCUGAGCUCUGAUUUGUACACAACUAUCUUGAAUUUAUGUGGAAGUAUUGAAAAUGAAAGGAAAGAAAAAAAGCUCCAAGUGAGGGAAGAAAAAAUUUCAUUUUGAAACGGUAUUAUCACGGAGCUAAUCUUGGUUAACCUUGUGGGUUACAUUUUUUUUUUUUAAAUUUGCAUUCAUUGUUGAUUGCUAAAAAAGACUCAUCAGAUCUAGGUGAUUCUUUAUAGUUAAAAAAUGUAUAUUUAAUGAACAGUUAACUUUCGGGAAGACUAAAAAGCGCUGUGCUGUAUUAUACUGUUAAAGUACUCUAUGUCUUGUCUCUAUGCUUGUCUUAAAAAGUUUUAGUUAUGUAAUAAAGUCAUGCUGUAUUAAGAGCUAAUAUUGUGAUAAUUUGCAAACAAGUUGUUGCAAAAGUUGCUCUUUUGUUGCGUUGAGCCUAUUUCCUAGAAAUAGGUAAAUUAUAUAUGUUUCUUUUUUUAAAAAAAUGUUUUACUAAGUGCUAAGUACUGCUUUGAUUUCUUAACAUGUUUAUUUGUUUUUUGUAGCUGAAAAUAUUCUUGAUACACAAUUUUAUAAUUAUGUAAGAAAGUAUAAGAUGAUAGAUAUGACAUGAGAGAGAGAGAAAGAACAUGACAUACUACUUUAGUUUUGACGUAUGUGUUCAAAAGAACUACUCUUAUGUGAUACGUUAUUUAUUAUAACUUAAGAGAGGGCUUCUCAAACUGGGUGUUGUUGCAAUGACGCCAAGUGUCCGGAUUUUGUGGCAAUUCCCUCCAGGGCUUGAAAGGCUUACUGAAGAUUUACAUUACGAAUACAACAACAAUGUUGACUUUGUUAAGAAAGAAACUACAAGUUUUGUUUCACACUAAUGUGAACCUUCAACAAAUGAUCCUUUCAUGAUACGGCAGAUAUCAAGUCGUAAGACAAAUUCUUCUGUCACUUGCUGUAACAUGUCACGAUCAGUGGUUCUUCAUUUUCCAACAAGAUGGUCUCUCCCCCCUCCUGCCAUCUGACAGACAUUCCAUCAAUUUCCUCAAUAACGAGUUACAAAUUGCAAUUUGGCGAUUUUGGAUAGAUUUGAGUGUAGCUACCGUGCUCUCUGCACCUAACACUCCAAGGUCCAAGCGAUUGUUUUAUGGUGUUGCAUCAAAUGGGGAGGGGGGGGGGGGGGUUGAGUUCGUGCCCCAUAAAGCAUGUGAUCUGCAAGUUUUACCCCAAAGAUCAUAACCCAUUUUCUAAGAUUGAUUGUGACAUGUUACAGCGAAGGAAACAAGAGUUACACUUCGGACUUGGUAUCUGCCGCAAUACAAAAGGUUCAUGUAUGGAUCAUUUCGGAAACAAAACCUUGUACAAUUUUAUUCUCCAGCAAAGUCAGUGUUCUUGUUGUAUUGGUUUAUUUCAAUAAGGUUUCCAAGCCCGGGAGAGAAUUUUGAUAUGCAUAUAUCAAAAAAGACUAGGGUGUGGUGAAAAAAUACUUUUCUUAAAGGGUGCCGCAAGUCGGAAAAGUUUGAGAACCCCUUCCUUGUUUUGCUGUUUUUCAUAAAAAAACAAAAAAAUAACUACACAAUUCAUCAUGUUCGGGAAACUUUUCCUAAAUGAAAAUUAUGGAAAAUUUUGGUUAGAAAAUAGGAUCAUCAGCAUUAUGUAUCAACUCAUUUUAUUUUAUUGUUUGUAAUUUAAAUUUGUUGAGGAUUUCAUUCUAUCACUAUUUUAAAUAUAAAAGAAAGCUAGUUUCACAAUAUGUAUGUAAAAUUGUAAAUUUUGUACAUAUAAUGUUUUAGCAAAUAAAGUGAAUGCUUGCUCGAAAAUA